AUGAUAAUAACUGGUACUAUCUGGAACUACAAUACCGCUGGCCAAUACUACUCUCCAGGUUCGACUUAUAUGUACGAUGUUCCAGUGCCGCUUGACGCUGAGAUUGACUUUAUGGUUUAUGAUAGAGUGAGCAAAGUUCUCUAUUUAUCAUAUGGUGGAUUAAUCUAUUUAAAUUAUGUAGGACCUGCCUCUACCUUACUCUAUCUUAGCCAUUCGAAAACCGCUUCGAUGACAGCUUUUGCCUAUAACUACAUGGUCUAUACUUGUACUACCGACAGUAAUGGUGCGUAUCUCGAAAGAUUCAAUGUGACAACCGGUCAACAGAACGUAUUUCCACUCACCAGUGACGUCGGCAGAUGCAUUAACAUGAACUAUGACAUCGAUUACCGACAAAUAUUCAUUUCCGUUGUUGAUAAACAAGGAAAUCUUGGUGUUGUAACAAUAUCUGACACUGGAUUGAAACCAACAUUUGUGAGUAUUCAACCUGUAGAGCCAGUUAGUCAAAAUCUAAAUUCCUAUUCCUAUGCUGUUGGCGUCGAUAAAGAUCUCAAGGUUGUCAGUGUUCUGUCAUCCUCUUCAAGGAUGUACACAAUGAAAUAUACAAGUCUAUGUGAAAAUCAAUGCUCAGGUCACGGUCAAUGUAUCUCUGGUGGAUGCGUUUGCAAUUCCGGUUGGCUCGCUGACGACUGUUCUGUUCCCAAACCAUAUAUCGUUGGAGGUACACCAUCAAUCCCUUAUGUGGGUGUUUCUAAUAUUACCAUAACCGGAAAUAACUUUGUCAACACAGCAAACUACCAAAUUACAGUUUGUGGAAUCAAUUGUACCGAUAUGAAGUUCAACUCUGUCAAUUCGAUUGGUUGUUCUUUAGCUCUCGAUGGAAAACAGACAGUUACACCACUUCAAACUUGUCAGGCUCAAGUGACAUUCAAUGGAUAUAGUUCCGAUCAAUUUAAUCUGCUCACUUUCAUCAAACCAUCUUUCGGACCAACCUACACACAGAUAAACAACAUCAUCUCAUUCAAUGCCUCCGACAUGGUUCCAUCACAAUACUUAUCAAUCACAUGGAAUACUCAACCAAUUUCAUUCAACUCAACUGCCAAAUCACUAAACUUUACAGUACCAGCAGGUUCAACUGAGACCAAUUUACAAGUUCUUGUUUCUAGUUCAAGUGUAUUUAGUACAAAUGUAAUCCUUGUUCCAUAUUUAACCUCAGUUGGUCAAGAAUCGAUUGAUACAUACGCCGGUGUAUAUUUUGUUAUCAAAGGUGAUUUCUUCACGUCAAACAACGAACAAUAUUUAACAACUAUCUUUGGUGAUAUUUCAGUAGCGUGUCAAGUUAUCUCGGGAAAUUUAUGCCAACUCUCAACACCUCAAGGUAUUCUCACAGAUAGAAGAAUUCGUAUGUUCAGUCAACUUCGUGGUGUCUAUUCCAAUACUCUUACUUUCCAGUAUAACAGCCCUACUAUCACUUCCUACACACAAGACGAUAAUAAUGCAAUUGUAAUUACAAUUUCAGGAACUAACUUUGGAUCUUCAGCUUUUCUUCUUAAGAUGACUGACCUCGGAAAUGUCAAUGUAGAUACAAUCUUUACUUCGGUUAGCGAUAGCGAAAUAGUUGCUCAACUUCCAACAACAAUAUUAAACAACAAUUAUACUAUUCUCGUUGAUUCCAAACAAGCUGAUGUAUCAUUAAAUCUUAAUCUUAAAUCGAAUAUCACAUCAGUAUCAGUUAUACCAGUGACUGGAGGAAAUAUUACAGUUGUUGGAACCUUCCUUAUUUCCACUCCAAUCUAUCUUAAUGGAGAACAAUUAGAAUGUGAAUCUGAAAGUAAAGAGAAUUUCCCAGCAACUCUUAUUUGUAUUGUAUCAUCUGGUGCAGGAUCUUUUGUUGUCUAUAAUCCAACAUCAAACAAAUACUCAUCUGGAUAUCUAGCACCAACAAUCACAGAUAUCAAUCCAAAGCUAUACUUUAAAAAUCAACCAGUUAAUUUCACAAUCACUGGUGACAAUUUUAUUAAUAUCGACCUUGUUUUGAAAAUCAAUAAUGAAGAAUGUGCUGUGACACAAAUCAACACCAACAAUUUAAUAUGCACCAUCACACCAUCGGGAGAAGCCGACUCCAAAAACAAUCUUGUUUCAGUUUAUGUUUCAGUUUCAGAUCAAGAAACAUUCAACAACGACACACUAUUUUACUAUACAAGACCUUGUUUGAAUGAUUGUUCAUCUCAUGGUCAAUGUAACUAUACUAAUGCCAUUUGUAAAUGUGAUAAAGGAUAUACAGGUCUUGAUUGUUCUGAACCGACUCUCAACACUACCACUGACACAAGCACAAGUACCUCAUCUACAACUUCAACUACUGGUACAAGCACCACAACCACCUCAUCUACAACUUCAACCCCUGGCACAAGCACUACUGGUGAUCUAUCGUCAUCAAACAACCUAUCAAUUAGCAUUAUUUUAUCGAUAUUUUCACUCGGUGUCAUGUUAAUCUAA